UGCGAGAUGCUCCAUCAGAUUCUAUUUUCGGUUUUGAUCCUGUGCACGACAUUCAGAAUCACAUCUGCGUCUCAGUUUCUUCAACUCACCGAUUUGCACUACGAUAAAGAUUAUUCAUCUCAGUUUGGUAGCCGUUCAAAUAAGUGUCAUAACGCAACUAAACCCUCUGACCUACCGAAGAAACGCCUCGGGCAAUUUGGUGACUAUGCUUGUGACGCGCCGAAGAGUUUAAUAAGGAACGCUUUGAACGCCGCUUACGAGAUACUCCCCAAUCCAGAUUUUAUUUUUUGGACUGGUGAUAGUAUACCGCAUAUCGAUAACUAUGACGAAACAUCAAAAUUUCCAAACGUGAGAGUAUUACCGUUAUUCGGUAAUCGCGAUUAUGCACCUGCAAACGCAUUUCCAGAUCAUAAUUGUCUGUUGUACGAAAGGAUAUUUAAUUUAUGGAAAAGGUGGAUUGGAACUGCUAAUCGGCAUACGUUCCUGAAAGGUGGCUAUUACAAGUAUGUUCUGGGUAACAAAGUUGUUGUAUUGGCGUUGAACACCAAUCUUUACUAUCGUCUCAAUCGUGCAAUUCCGAGGUUUAAAAAUCCAGAUGACCCGGCAGAUCAAUUCCAGUUCAUGAUCGAUACUCUGAACGAUGCACGCGCUAAGCAGCUUUUCGUUCAUGUUAUCGCGCAUAUUGCUCCUGGAGUAUUCGAACGUACACCAAAUUUCAAGUGGAUGGUACCAAAAUAUAACCAGCGAUUCAUCGACAUUACGAUAGAGUAUGCAGACACGAUCAAGUGGAUGAUUUUUGGACAUCAUCAUACGGAUACGUUCCAUAUUGUGAAGGAUCCUAAAACUCAUCAUGUGGCUCAAGUUUACCUGAUGGCACCAGCCGUAGCGCCGUGGUUCAGUUCGCUUGAGGGCACUACCUCUAACAAUCCAGCGUUCAGAAUUUACGAGUACGACGAGACAACCCAGCGAUUGAUAGAUGCAAAAACCUAUUCUGUGAACUUGACCAAACUGAACAGAUUCUCUUAUAAUCGGUCGAUAUGGGAGUUAGAAUACUCGAUGGCGCAAACGUAUCAAAUAAAAAUGCAUCCGAAACAAUUCGCACUGCUUGCAGAUGGUAUAACCCCAGAGACAAUGCAUGGUGUCUUGAACAAGCUGAAGAGAGGAGGUGAUGCUUUGAAGAAUUAUAUAGAGUAUAAUUCAGUCCGUUGGAACGUCUCGAUUCCUGAAGGAAAACUCCUGUAUGUUUCCAGCAUCUCUCUAACGAAGAUCCAAAUGGAAUAA